UUUAAAGACUUUUGCAGUUUUUUCGUAAAUAAGAAAGUAAUCCGUAAUAGCAUUGGUACGAGAAUAGCUCCUUGGUGUACCCCCGUAAGAAUAGCUACAGCGUAUGAUUGUUGAUCUUUUGGAAUUCAUUGCUCUUGUUAAUUAUUGUAACUUAUAGGUUAUUUCUCAAAAGUAUUACUUUCAAAAAGUCCCCUUCUAAUAAUAAUAAAAAAAAAACUAUAAAGAGGCUGUGAUGUUAUCAAAAGCCUUAUUUAAAUCUACCUUAAAUCUUAAUCGUUAAUGUUCUGCUAUUGUCACUUCGUGUAAUCGUAAAAGAUGGCCGGACUACAGCCUUUAUUGCUUCGUCUACAGGAAUAUAUUCCUGUCAUCAUUAUGCUCAUGUAUUUAAAUGGUCCUACACGUUACCGAUAUUUAUCUAGCAAGUGCCAGUAAGGAAAACCAGUACCAUAAGUUGUUUGCUUAGAGAGCAACGGGUCAAUGGCAAAUACUUGUUUAUAUGUAUUAAUAAAAGGCGUAACCCGAGCCCUAAGCUUCUCUCCUACACGUUUUAUGAAGUUGAUUACUUAGUGAAAGUCGAAGUGCUUGGAUAUGUACUUAGGUAGCACCGACGAAUGGGUAUAAUUAGGAGGUGAAAGUUUACUGCGAAGCCUAUUCCCUUUGCAUUGCAAAACAAAGGAGAACACUUACAGAUGAACUUACCAACUUUCUUAUUUACAAUAAAAGAAUACUAAACGUUAAGAAGGCUACUGAAUCCCGAGAUCUUCCAAUGUAAGAAACAUACCGUAAUUUAUAACAAAUAUUCAUAGCAAUACGUACUACAUAAUUAAACACCUGAUGCCAAUAUUAAAGCUGUUUUAAAUCAAUCUGACGUGAAAUAUAGGACUUAAUAACACCAUUUCUUAGUUAAUAUCCCCGGUAAGAGCACAGUAACGGUCGCGUUCGGUUAACGUUACCAUAUAGGCGGUAAUUGUUAAUUCGACACAGUUCUGUGCAUAAAUCACAUCUAGUUGCAGCCAGAGAGGCGAAUCUGUACAAUUUAUUAUACAUUACCGUACGCAAUCCCCGGCCCGUGUACGAACACACCGCUUCGUCGCAUUCAAAACACAGGAAGCGAUUCUAGAUCGCAAAUUCAAUGUCAUUAGUGUCCGCUACGAAACAUUUCAAACUAGUCGAUGGACUGGGUAAUAUCCUCCCAGUAUUUGUUAUACUCUUACACAUUUGAAUAUACUAACGUAAUACCUGCUUAUGAAAUAUCCACUAUUUAUUGCGGUUCGACAUUUUGAAGUCUUAUUUCCUUCGGUUUGAGUAAAUAAUGAUCUUCGCUAGCUUUUACUGUCAUAUGAAUACAUUCUGAAUGCUUUACUGAUUGCCUUUCCUAUAAUUACUUAUACAUUAAGCAUCACUAACAAUGAAAAGUAGGAGCAUUAUCAUUUUCUAUCAUGAAAAUGUGUCAGACGUAGCCGGCACAAUGGUAAAAAGGUUGUUAGCGAAAAAUUUAAGGCUUCAGCCUUGUAAUUGCAGCGUUGUUUUGAAUUGCGAUUCAGUCAGCUGUCGGCACAUGCGGACAAAGCACGCGCGUCGUGCGCGCAGGCCGCUUCGCCUCCGCCGCGCUUUUCGCGCGUAUCCAAAUAAUUCCGAGCGAUUUUAACGUCGGCUCUUUUGUUAUUUACGCAAAAAAUAUUUCGUGGUAUUACUGUUAAUUGUGUUUUUGUGUGCUUUUAUCUAUAUAGUGAAUAGUUUGCGAGUGUUGCGCGAUUACGAUCUGAUCAAUCACUGCAUUGUGUGGUAUCGCAUUGUGUUGCUAACUACCCGCCAAUCUGUCAGUUGAUCGACCUAAGUGAUGCGUGUAAUCGAAAGCACUAAUUAACGAAUCUGUGUCAAAGGUGUUGUUGUGUGGAUGAAACGGAAGUGUUUGGACGUUAGAACUUGUUCUAUUGGACGGAGGCGUGGCGGUCACUAGAGGGGGAAACACACAUGUCCCCCAAAAAUGAUUCCGAUGAUAGUGCGAGUGUGGUGCGAGAGCGGCGCCGGCUGGGCGCCGACUCACGUGCCGGUGACGCCGCACACGAGCUGUCGAGAUGUGCUCGACUGCUGCCGGGAACCGGGGGACGAACCCUGCUUGCUGUUCAGCGUGCACCCCACACAUGGAGUGCACGUGCUACGAGACACCGAGUUACCUCUGGAAGUGGCCUCAGCUUUAGGACCCGAAGUUCAAUUUGUAUUGAAAUACAUCGACGAAGCGGGGAGCACGGAUAAGAGCAAUGGUAUGAAGGAACCGGGAUCACCUGAGGAACUGUUGGGGGAAGGGGUGGAGCUGACUUUGGGCGAGCUGCGCGCGAUGGCGCUACGCCAGCAGCAGCAGAUCGACACGCAGCACCAGCUGCUCUGCGCCAAGGAGCAGCGACUGCGAUACCUUAAGCAGCAGGAGGCUAGGCAACAUCAGGUGGCGGUGGAAGGCGAGCGGCUACGGCGGCUACGCGAGCGCGUAGAGGCGCAAGAGUUGAAGCUACGCCGGCUACGAGCGCUACGGGGGCAGCUCGAUAGAAACAAGCAAGCGAAUAUCGCACUAACGAGCGACUUAGAGUCAAUACGAGCGCUCUUCAAUGAAAAGGAGAAGGAGUUAUCAGUGGCGGUGGCCAAAGUGGAGGAGCUGACGCGGCAGCUUGAGGAGUUGAGGAGAGGGAGAGUACAGCCUGCGCCCCCCUCCGCUCAUGAGCUGGACAAACUGCGCCGGGAGUUAAUGGUGAGUUCCGAUUACCGCAACAAGCUGAACGAGCAACAGAACGGCAGACUGUCGGCUCAGAGGGCAGCGCUGGGUGCGCGGCAGGAGGAGAUGCGCAGCAUUGACCGCCGCGUUUCCGAACUGCAGGCGCGCCUUCUGAGGAAGAGGGCCUUGAACAGGCAGCUGGCAGCCGCACAUCGACAGCCACAGCAACAGAGGGCCACGAAUCCAACGCCUAUGCAACAGUUACCCAGCUACUCUGCUGGUAACACUGGAGUAAAUAGUCAACCAAAGAAUCAACAAGCCCGCGGAAAUGUUGCUGCUGUCGAGCCUUAUAAUCAUGUGCCCCAUGCUCAGAGCGUUAGCCAUAAUGCCAAUUUCCAGGCAAUGAAGCAGAAUGUAAUACAAAACAACGUGCCAUUAAAACAACACACACAAAGCGAAAAUAUUCAGAGUCAUUUAACGCAGGAAGCGCAUUAUUUGCAACAAAAGCAAAUGAUUAAUCCCCUUUUCAACGGCUACACGCAUUCGCAAGGGCUACAAGAUAAUCAAUAUCAGGGGCAAUAUCCAAACAAGCAUGAGAACUUUAGUCACGUUCAGCAAGGUAUUGGCAAUGCUUUCGAUCAGAAGUCUAUGCUUGACCAAAACAAAUACAUGGACUACUUGAAACAACCACAGUACAGUCCAAACAGCACGAGCAGUUCGAACAGUAAUCAAACUAAUAAAGAUCUGAAAAUAAACGAACAGGAAUUCCUGCCAGAAUUUGCUGCGAGCAAGUCAGAUCCUAAGUAUCAAACGUUGCCUUACAAUACUAAAUUUCCUCAAAGUACGAACGGGAAAUUAAAACCUGAAGUCAAUGGUAAGAACAACGAAAACCAAGACGCGAAAAAUGCUAUUAAUGUUAAUCACAUGACUGUACAUUCUACGCCACUGUCGGUUGUGAAUAAAAGUCUAGCGACACCUCUAAGUCAAACGGAAACUACAUAUCAGCAAGAAAAUACAUAUCAGUUGCAAAAAUCCGACUCAUCAAGUAGAUGUAAUCAGGAAGGGAAGGAGAACCAUGCAUAUCCACAGAAUAGGCUAAGUCAGAGUAAUAGUCAGAGCAAUGAAGCUUCAAAAGGCAGCGGCAAGGGUCAGCAGGGGCUGAAAGGCAGCUCACCUAGUUUGGGUUCCAGCACAACAUCUGCUAGCAGUUCUAUUGGAUUUGGGAAACCUGUAUCGAGUGUAGCACCUACAUCAGUUCAGGUCUCAAGCGGGAAACCGUCACCCAUUUACCAGACAUCCUCCACAAAGAUCCAACCGGUCCAACCACAGACCGUUCAGACCCAAAGCAUCAAUGUAUCAUCAUCAAAUCAUGUAGCUAGUAAUGUGGUGACCUCCCAACCCCAGAUUGUUAGGAACACGGCAUCAGGACUGUCGACAAGUACGGGGAGUUCGUUCGCCGGGCAGAAUGCGUCGUCUCAGAGUAUCCUGUUGUCACCCCCACAAAGUGCCAGCACGCCUCUGUCGACGCCUGAUGUUAGCGGUACUGACAAAUCUCCCAAACCAGCCUUACCUCCAAAACCAACAAUCAAGACACCACCGAGACAGUCCGUGAACAAUGAUGUUGGCUUCAAUCAAUCUGCUGAUAACAUUACUCCUAUGCCCACCAUACCCUUGCCUUCAGACCUGUCAAACGACAGUGAACAACAAAGCCAGAAAGAGUCAGUCAGCAGUACAAGUAGCAAUGAAAUGAUCAUCAAAGCUCGCCCCUUAACUAUAAGAAAACCACCGAUGAGCGAACAGCCCAAACUUAGAAAUAUUAGUAACUCAAAGAAUGGAAUUAGUGUCAGUAUGAACCGGCGCAUAGAAAUGCCACCUGCAUUUUUGUUCCCUGAAAUGGAUCACUUAGUUGAUUCCAUGCCUAAUGAGAAUGGCCUAAAAGAAAAGAAGCAGAAAGAUGAGGUUGACAGGGCGUUGAAUAACAAUAACAUAUCAAUAGGACAGGAAGAUAGUAAGGAUGUGGUUGUGUCAGAUAUAACGGAACAGAUUAGUUCGGUAGAUUUGAACGGUCAGGAUUCUCAGGGCACUGAGAAUGUUCUGAGGCGGAAAAAGGGUAAUUUGAAGCAGGGAGGCAAAGCUCCGCUAGCCAGGCGGGUUAGCUUCGAUCCCCUCGCGCUGCUGUUGGAUGCUAGUUUAGAAGGCGAGUUGGAACUCGUUAAGAAAACGGCAACACAGGUGCAGAAUGCAAGCGCUGCAAAUGACGAAGGGAUAACUGCUUUACACAACGCGAUCUGCGCAGGGCACUUCGAAAUCGUUAAAUUCCUGGUAGAGUUAGGUUGCGACGUGAAUGCUCAGGACUCGGACGGGUGGACGCCGCUGCACUGCGCCGCGUCCUGCAACAACCUAGCUAUGGUGCGCUUCCUCGUCGAUAAUGGCGCGUGUAUAUUCGCAACCACGCUGUCUGACCACGAGACGGCGGCCGAGAAGUGCGAAGAGGACGAGGAGGGCUUCGACGGCUGCUCCGAGUAUCUUUACAGUGUACAAGAAAAACUAGGCAUAAUGAACAGCGGCCUUGUCUACGCGGUGUUCUCGUACACGGCGGCGCGGAGCGACGAGCUGACGUUCGAGACGGGCGGGCGCCUGCACGUGCUGCGCAAGGGCGACGACAGCGAGCGCGAGUGGUGGUGGUGCCGCGACGACGCCGGCAACGAGGGAUAUGUGCCUAGGAACUUGCUUGGGUUAUAUCCACGAGUAACCACACAGCAAGAUUAAGUCUUGAAUUUAUGACCUGAUUAAUUUGUAAAUAUCUAUUAGUUACUUUUAUUUUGUAUGUAUUUAUAUCACUAAAAGUAACGACGCUGUAUACAAUUUUAUCAAAUCUAAUAUUUUGUAAAUAUUUAACUGCGUAAGUCAAAUGAAUGAGAUUAUAUUGUACAUUUUAUAAAUAUUUUGAGUCAUCACUGAUAUUAUUGGUCAUAAAAUUUGUAUAUCUUAGUUCUGCAAAUGUUGUGAACUAUUAUUACACAUAAACUGACAAUACAAAUAAUUAUGAAGAAUUA